AAUCAAUAGGCUUGAGAUCAUCUCUGCGCACCAUGCCAAAGACCGGUACGCUUACAGCAUCAUCCUCGAAAAUGGAUCGCUGCUCCUAGUUCUGCUCCACUUUUUUUACACUCAAGGUCCCAGCAGGCUGACGCCUUUCUGAUGCUUCCUUCUCGCUUCUGGGUCGCGUAAGUCUGGGUCGCGUAAGUCGGGGUCGUGUAAGUCGGGGUCGCGUAAGUCUAGGUCGAGACUCCAAGUUUCAUAUGAGGAGUGGUUUCCCUCGAAAGUCUAACUUCCCGUCACCAGUUCCUUGUCUGACAUUUGCGACACUCAACGUCCAGGGGGAGAUUCGACGGAUAUACUUACUCCAGUGUGGGCCCGUUCCGCUACGACUUUCGAACAUUUUCCUAUUUUUCUGCCUGAAUGCCCAACUUCUUGGGCAGUUGGAGGUGUAUAUGUGAUCGCCAUCAAUCAUGAGGUCCCUGCAAUUGCUGCUCCCUUUUCUGGCUUGGAUUUCUCUUGGACUCGCUCAAUCAUCUGGACUAGCCGCGGCCGUUGCACAGCUUUCGCCAUGCGCACAAAAAUGCUUGGGGGCUGCCAUAAAAGAGUCGUCUUGCACAGCUACUAAUGUCACAUGCAUAUGCACGAAUGCGCCGUUGCAGAGCAACGUAGAGACGUGCUUGCUCUCAACAUGUACGCUUAGGGAAAGCUUGACCACGAAGAACGUCACUGCGACAACAUGCCAUGCGCCGGUACGAGACAAGAGCGAGACUUCCCGAGUCGCCAACCUCGUCUUGUCCGUCAUCAGUGUAGCGUGCGGCUUGACACGAAUCGUGUACAAGGCAAUAUACUCUAUGGCUGAACUGGGAUGGGACGACUAUACGAUCAUCUUGACUUUACUGGCUGGCGUACCCAGUGUAGUCUUGAUUGAUCGAGGCGCUCUACCGAACGGACUUGGACGAGACGUAUGGACCGUACCGUUUGACAGGAUAACCGCCUUCGUACGCUGGCUGUACGUUCUGGAGAUCUUGUACUUUUUCCAGAUGACCCUGCUGAAGCUCACGCUCCUUUUCUUUUUCCUACGAAUUUUUCCGAAGACGAUCAUCAGGAACCUUCUCAAGGGCACUGUUGUCUUCACUAUGUUUUACGGCCUUACAUUUGUCAUCGUUGCUGUCUUCCAAUGCCAACCAAUCAACCACUACUGGACCAAUUGGGAUAAGGAGCACGAGGAUGGCCAGUGCAUCAACGUGAAUGCAUUGGCCUGGAGCAAUGCGAUCGUUAGCAUCAUACUCGACAUCUGGAUGCUAGUUCUCCCCUUGUACGAGGUCUUCAGGCUGCAGCUGUCGUGGCGCAAAAAGAUCAGUGUGGCAGUUAUGUUCCUUGUCGGCACAUUCGUCACGGUUGUAUCCUGCCUCCGUCUCCAAUCGCUCGUAACCUUCGCCGCCUCCUCAAACCCAACAUGGGACCAAGUCGAAGUAGUCAAUUGGUCAAACAUCGAAGUUAACGUAGGCAUCAUCUGCGCAUGUCUUCCCACGAUCCGUGUAAUCCUCGUCCGCUUCUUCCCCAACAUCAUGGGCACCACGAAAGUCUCCAGCCAAGCAUACCACGCCAAGUACGGAUACGGAAAUGGAAGUCGUGGCCUAGGCAACACUGCAGGGAGCAAGGUGGGACAGAUGAGUGGCAGAAGAGGAGUGAAUGAGAUCACGUAUACGAAGACCUUUGAGGUGCAGCAUGCGGACAAUGACGAAGUGGAGUUGAUGCAUAUGGAUGAGUUCGGGAAAACAAGUCCGAAGCCGCGAAGUAGUAACGCAAGCGUAGCGAGCUUGUAGGUUUGCGACAGCAAAUUGAUUCGUCAUUUGUUCUGAAACGAUUGUAUUAUUGUGCGGGGAAAAUGUGUGAUCUAUUAUGAGGCGUUAUACCUGUCAAAGUUGGCAGUGCGUUUCGGUCGUUUAUGCCUCGUGCUUCGUUUAUUGUACCUUGCGGUUCGCAAAGACGUCCUGCUUUGCUUCCUCCACGAUCUGACACUUGUACCUGACGAAUUGCCUUGCGGGAACCUUAGCUUCGAAGAUCUCGUCAAGCUCCUCCAGACUGCGAUCCUUAGUCUCUAGUACGAAAAGGUAAAACCAGAUGACGCAGAGGACCUGGAAGUCGAUGAGACUGAAAGAUGGC